UACUGGUAAUAGCUGCUGUAACACAUGCAGCAUCAAUCGCUUGAAGUUAGUAGUUUUGGAUAUAUUUUGGAGGCAGUUUUCCAUUAGGUGGGGACAGUUUUGUUAAGUGCAGUUGUGAACCAUGUGAAUGAAAAGAAUUUUUUUUCUCAUCUUUCUGCUUCAUCGGAUAUGCAAGAAAGUCUGCGGACACAAAUACCAUAAUGCUGAUUCUGCUUUUUGAAAUCUUCCCGAAUGGUAUAAAGGCAUCAAAAGAAAGUUUUUCGAACUCAGUUGGCUUUUGGCAAACAUUUGAUAUUGGUGUCAUGAAUAAGUGGUUUCUGCUAGGAUGUGCCCUGGUGGCAGUUAAUUUUGUCAGUGCGGAUCUUGGUUUGUCCAUUAGUAUUCCGAAUCUAUCAGCAACGGUGAAAUCUGCAAUUGGAACUGGCACCAAAGUGAUUACAACGGCAAACGCGAGUAUCUCGGUGAACGCAACUCUAGACACAACUAAUACCGUGUCAUCACUACGGCUUGUUAUCGGAGACAUUGUAACUCCACUAGGAAAUCUUUUUUCGGGAAUCCAGAAUGCAACAACUGAUAAAUCGGGAAACACUGAUACAGUAAUAAGUGCUAUCAGCGAUCUCGUAACGGCUACAGCGACCGCUUUCGGUACUGCAAUAUCUGAUGCAGCUGCAUUGCAACCAGUAAUUAAAGCUGGAUCGUACGACGGAUUGACGGGAAAUUUAUCGGCGAUAUCGGAUACAGCGAACACAUUAACCACAGUAUUCAGUGACAUCAGUACAUUGCUCACGCAGAUAACGUCUGCAGAAUAUGCCUAUACUGCGAACAAUGUUUCUAAGGUUAUAACGGCUACCGUCGUCGGUACCAUCACGAAACCACUGAAAUACAUAGUGGGCAAUUUGACGACAAUCGGAACAAUAAUUACUGCCGUUGGAAAAGAUAAGCAAGCAGCCAUAGCCCUACAAGCUGCUGCUAACACAUCGAUGAACAGUGGUUUGAAGGAUUUGGUAUCCGCAUCAACAUCUUUCAAUAAAACUGUCAACAGCUUGCAAACUUCUACAUUUCGGCUAUCCACAACUAGUCUGAUCUCCAUAAACAACUCGUAUGCCACCAUUUUGGCUAAAUCAGCCCUCUACAACGGAGGAGAUAAAACUAACCUAACCACCUUCUUGGCCGCCAAUAUCGAUGCGAACACUACAGCAAUGGCACAAGUAAUGACUAGCACCCAGAGUGUAACGGAAACAGUUUUUACAACGUUGAGCACAGAGACGUCGAACAUUGCAAGCGCCCUGCUGCUUGGUAUCAACAACAUCACCAAUACGGCGUCAACCAGCGACAGCAAGUAUGCAUCCGCCUGCGAGAACAAGUAUGGAGCCAUGUACAAACAGCCGACAGUUUCCAUGGCACGACUUGCGCCCUGUCUAUCACAGGAAACAUCCGGAUUCAGUACGUUACUGCAGGCAGUGAAUGUCCAGUUCAGUGGCCUAGUUUAUGCAGUUGGUGCAAGCGCUGUCAAGCUGAACCUUUGCACAGUAUCUACUGGAAACUGUAGUGUUUCGUACUUCGCCGACUUCACCGCGUUUAGUGAUCUCGUAACGGCCAAAUAUAACCUGCUCACAACACUGGUGACCACGGACAACAACAUCCUUACCGCCCGUGUCGACAACUGUAUUGUUGCCGUUUCUAACGAUAUUCAAGAUGUGUCGAGUGCCAUACAGAAUAAAUUCGGAAAUUGUCUAACAACUGGCAGCUAAGCGACGGCCCGAACCAGCAACGCCGGUACAGUAGGUUAUAAUUGUGAUACAGGAAGGUUGUACCUAAGCUCGUACUAUCGAAUCAAACACGUACAUAUUUAAUUCAUUUCUUCAGUCUGCCAUCGAUUCAUCGGGCCACAUGAAUAGUGUAAUGCUCGUACAUUUUUCCCGAAAAUAAAAUCCACGGAGUAGAAUACAGUGUUGAUAAAAACAAAAGCAAA